AUGUCUAUGAAAGCUUUAGGUUUAAAUGCCACCAAAACCAUAUUUGCCAAACAAGCUGAAUUAACUCGACCAGUACAAUCAGUUCUUAAUUUCAAACGAGAACCAGAAAAAUCAUUAGACCAAGUAUUGACUAGAUCAGAUCAAGAAUUGGGAGGUUACUCUACUGUCAAUUUUGAUAUUGAUCCUAAAGAACAUUGUGGUCAUUUUUAUGGUAAUUUAAGUUUAGAUUUACCUAAAGAUAAUCCUCAAGUGACCAGAUCAGGUUAUGCCAUGUUUAGAACUAAAGAUCAAAAUCAAUCUUGGUUAUUUGGUGAUUCAUUUUGGGAUUGGACUAAUUAUUCAUCAUUAGUAUUAAGAGUUAAAGGUGAUAGAAGAAAAUAUUUGGUCAAUAUUCAAGCUAAUACUCCUUUGGUUACUGAUUUAUUCCAACAUCGAUUAUUCUUAAAUCAUCCAGGACAAUGGGAGACGGUGGUUAUUCCUUUGAAUGAUUUUGUCAUGACUAAUUGGGGGGUAAUUCAAGAUGGUAGUGAAUUAAAUAAAGGUGAAGUUAAAUCUGUUGGUAUUGGUUUAUUGGAUAAACAUUAUGGUCCAUAUUCUUUAAAAAUUGAUUGGAUUAAAGUUAUGACUGGUGCUGAAGUUGCUAAAGUGGCUACUAAAUCCAGAAUGGAAAGAUUACACUCGUGA